CAGUCAUUUCACAACACAGCCCCAAACCGAUUGUCACUUUGUCAACCCCAUGUCAUGCGAACUGAGGCUCGCUUGGGGUAUCACGAUGACCUUUGAGAGAAGAGGGAACUUCACAACUGGACCAGUUAAGCUGAUCAGGAGAGCAUCAGUGUGCAAUAGUAAGCACAAUCAUGAUUGAGUUGAUUUCUGAUCAGCUUUGAAGAAAGGUCUGCCUCCAAGUCCAACUACCUGUAGCAUCGUAGACCGAACUUGGCGGCUUUGAUCCACAUAGUCAACUAAGAUGACAGCUCCACCCCCCUGUGAAUAAAACAGGUGGUGAGACGCAGGCCCUUGGAGACUUCAACUAUUCCUCUGCAACCUGUGUUCAAUCUGUCUUUGUGGGAGUAAAAUGAGCCAAGAUCUGGAUGGCCUAUCCUUGAAUUCCAGGAACAUCGUCGAACCAGACGAGAGCACGUUACUGAAUGAUGCAGCUGCAAGUUUCGGGACAGAAACAGACACUGAGCACGACGGCGAAUGGCCCCAAACUUCAGUCUUUGUCACCCUGCAUCGGAUAAGAAAAUUUGUGCUAGCAAGUAUAGAUGACCCCUACUCUCUGGAACAGUUGAAGAGUCCGCGAGUCAACCAUCUCAUUGUCCGUCCCUUGGUAGAUCGUCUGUAUGACGAGAACGACUACUCCAUCGUAUACUGUCUCCUCGCAAAUCGGGUACAGUUCCUCCGUGAACAGUCCAGCGUCAUUGACCAAAGCACCAGCAUAGCAAGAGCAACAUUAUGCGAGCUCUUAGCUAUCAAGAUUUUGCGUAACUUUCACGAUGAUAACCCAGGUCUAGACGGUCUACUCCUACUCUCCAAGAUCCUGGUCCAGGGUUUUGACCCAUUUCAUGGUGCUCCGCCCGAAGUUGAACAAUACGGGCGCUAUCCACAAUGGCCGAUUCAAAGGCGUGGUGGCCAUGAGAGGAAGCUAACUGCACUUGAGCUCGCGAUUAUAUCCGAGAGUAAGAAUUUUGUCAGUUCUUCGGGAUGCAGACGAGUGAUUGAUGCAGUGUACCGUGGCCAAAUCGUCUACACGCCCUUGUCGUUCGUUGAUAUUCUCCCCAACCAUUAUGAGUACCUCCCGGUGUCUUUGUACGAACCGCGCAAGGCGCCGCUGCUUGACCAUCAUCGUCUCGUGGUCCCGCGCACCCGUUACAUCAUUGAGCUAGUGCAUUACAUCAUCCUCACUCUUCUAUAUGUGUACACGAUGCAGUAUCGAGAUCCCGAUAACUUGACUGGAAAUGAGGUUGUCUUCAUUCUGUAUUCUGCCGGCUGGGUUCUUCAUGAACUCGCUGCCAUCAUCGAGCACGGGUGGAUGAUUCAUUCGCAGACCUUGUGGUCAUUCUUGGAUCUUUCAUACACCGUCAUUUUCAUGGCUUACAUCACUGUUCGAGCCUAUGAGUUUGCCGUAAGCAGUGUGCAGAAUGGCAUGGCGCAUAACAUACUCUGUCUCGCGUCUCCAAUUCUUCUGACGAGACUGGCCUUCAACAUUCUGCCAGACCAUAUCGUCUUUAUCUCGCUUCACGCAAUGAUGAAGGAGUUUCUGAUCCUCACAUUCCUCGCAAUAUGGUGUUUCACCGGGUUUCUGCUAGCGCUGCAGUGGCUUUCUCCGGGAGAUGGCUCAAUUCCGAACGACUUCACCAUCAUCAAAUGGCUACUGUGGAUCUGGUUCGGGUUGGACGGGACUGGCAUUGAGGAGUCUGUUCAGUUUCACGCCAUCCUAGGACCUGCACUGACCAUUGCCUUUGCCUUUCUCGGCAAUACUCUAUUUCUCACAAUUCUCGUCUCACUUCUCACCAAUCGGUUCAGCACCAUAGUCACAUCUGAGGAUGUCGAGAUCCAGUUUCGAAAGACAGUUCUCACCUUUGAGGGCGUGAAAAGCGAUGCCAUCUUCGCCUACCCGCCACCAUUCAACAUUUUUGCUUUGCUGGUACUGCUCCCUAUCAAGCCCUUCCUGUCAUCUCUAGAGUUCUACUCCAUUCACGUGUUUCUCGCACGACUCGUUAAUGCGCCUCUUUUAUUUUGCGUCGGCUUUUAUGAACGUCGACGCCUAUGGACUUUUGGACCUGACGCUGCCAAAGUUUCAAGAAUGUGGAAGUUCACAGGUUUCUCACCACACGGUGAUAUCCAGGCUGUGUUUGAGGUCGAGGCUCCAGCCGAGGUUCUUCGAGAGGCUGAUGAGUUGGAUGGGUUGAGCGAAAUGGGCUUUUCUGAUGGUGAUGCGGUAUCAAGACUUUCUCGAGAAAGGGACAUUAGAGCACCCGUUGUAUUCAGUCUAAGCAACGCAGGGACAUGGUCGCCGGGACAGGCUCCUGUUGUGUGACCAAACUAAAUAGAUGCC